AGUUUUUCUAACCUCCAAAAAAACAAACAAAGUGACAUAACCUUAAAAAAAAACUUGCGGAAGUGCUCUGUUUGUUUACAUAUUUUCUCAAGGAAAAUCCUUUAAUUUUCGCCAAGCCAAAUGUCAUCAGGACUGGAAUCCUACAUAAAUAACACAGUGUCAAUAAUAACUGCCGAUGGCAGGAAUUUCGUGGGGACACUGAAGGGAUUCGAUCAGACCAUCAAUGUAAUCCUCGAUGAGUCACACGAACGCGUCUUCUCCCCCACAACGGGCAUUGAGCAAGUUGUCCUUGGUCUGCACAUCAUCCGCGGUGACAAUAUAGCUGUUAUUGGGCAAAUUGACGACGCUGUGGACAGUCGAUUGGACUUCUCCUCAAUACGAGGAGAGCCUCUUGGGCCAGUAGUUCAUUAGGAAAGGAAAAGAAACCACAAUGCAGGCUCCUUUAAGUACACAAAAUCUCUAUUCCAAAAAACAAUUCACAAAAAAUACUUGUUAAGUCUACACAUCCGGAUACAUCAGAGCGGUGGAAUGUGGGCUGGAAACAUUAGCAUCCAGCAGCGUACGAGGCUCACAGCUGUCCGGGAGGCAUUUAUCCUCGCCCCGCUGCCGGAGGACGGAACAAAAAUAAUUUGGGGAUGAAAAGAGAAAAAUAAAUUUCCGGGUGAGUCCUCUCUAAACGAUA